AUCCAACAUACAAUAUCAAUGUUACCCAAAUUCGAGUUGGAACAACUUUAUUUGAUGGCAAUCCGGCCAUCUUUUGCUAGAACAGUUCUUUCCAAGGAUCAAUUGAGACAAGAACUCGAAAUGGAUCCUGACUUGCCUGCUGUUUUGGUAAUGGGAGGUGGUGAAGGAAUGGGACCUAUAAAGAAGACUGCAAUGGCUCUUCGUGAAUCACUUUAUCACAAAGAAGCUGGCAAACCAAUUGGACAGUUAAUUAUCAUAUGUGGCCGAAAUAAAACACUUCUAUCCAGACUUGAAUCUGAAGAAUGAAAGAUUUCAGUCAAGAUUAGAGGUUUCGAAAACCAAAUGGAGAAAUGCAUGGGAGCUUGUGAUUGCAUAAUAACAAAGGUGACCUACUUAGAAAGACACUCUGCAUAGGGCUGAACCUGGUACAAUUGUUGAGGCCUUGAUUAGGGGGCUUCCCAUCAUCCUAAAUGACUACAUUCCAAGACAAGCCACAAAGCAAUGACUUCAAAUACCAACUAAUACCUCAUAUCACAAGAGGUCAAACUAAUUGGACAGCCAAGUAAUUGUAGUUGAAAAAACUCCUCCACGCCAAUCCAGAAACUCUGUCAAAUAUCAGAAUUUGCUUCUAAUUGAUCCACAGGAAAACCAUAUCGAAGCAACUAUUUAUCAAGCUGAUAUUCAAGCCUUGCAUCAGACAUUGCACAUGACAAAAGCAUACGCAAUUUCUAAUGCUCAUGUCAAAGAUUGCAAAUUGGAUUACAAAAAUAUGGAGAUCUCCAAUUGGUCAUAACUGGAAAAACUAAAAUUAAAGAGCUCCAAGAAAAUUAUGAUGAUCUGUUGAUGUCUACUUACAACUUUGUGCCUCUUAGUAAUAUACAACAGUAUAUUGAUCUUCCAUCUAAAGAAAUUAAUUUGAUUGCUGCUGUCAUAGACAUUCGUCCUAAACGUCAAAUACACAAUCGUCAUGGAGAAGCUACAAUCCAAGAACUUGUUCUUGUGGAUAAUGAGUUUAACAUAGCUACACUUACAAUGUGGAAUAAUUUUGUUGACAACGAAUGUGCUGCAAUCUCAAACAUCAUUCAUAAGAAACCAAUUAUGAUUGGAACACGACUCAAAGUGGUUUGCUACAAUGGCAUGUCAAUAUCCACAAAAAACUCAAGCUGCUUUUUAAUUGAACCUCAGUUGGAAGUUGCUAAAGAUCUUCGUGCCUGGAUAACUCGAAACAACUGCAUCCUCAAUGAGAGGAUCACUCAAAAAGCAUAUUUUCUUCCUGCAACAAAUCUUUCACCUCCUCCUUCUGAUCAAAUUACUGAUAUAAGCAAGAUAAAUGACAUGUUAAACAUGCAAACAACUUUCUGGGUCAAAGCAAUUGCUAAAGUCACAAAUUAUGGCCAACCAUUUUGGUAUAUGGCAUGUCCCCUUUGUAAUGGAAAUUACCGGAUCCGAAUAUGGGGAAACUUUUCAUCGUACAUAUUGCAAAAACAAUGAUCUCAAAGCAGUCCCUAGAUGCAGAAUAGAUGUUGAACUAACUGAUUCAUCAGCUUGGAUUACAGCAACUGUAUUUGGGGAAAUUGUAGAAACAUUGUUCUCAUGUAAUGCAACAACCCUGAUGAAUACCAAAAUUAAGGCAAGUGAUAGCAUUCCUAACGAACUUCCCGAACUACAUGACAACAAAGAGAUACUAGCUUACAUUAAGGCAGUCAAACAGGACUCCACUGAAAGAUGGAAAUUCAACAUCACUUCGUUCCUUAAUACAACUCCACUCUCAAAUGAAGAAUUAAUCUCUAAUGCUUCAACUUCCCAUCCUAAUCCAACUCCACUUGUGAUUCUUCCUGAAAAGAAACACAAAGCUACAGCUGACGAUGAGGAGAAGAAACAUGAAACUACUAACGAAGACGGAAACAACCACAAGGCUUCUAAUGAAGAUCAGAUGCAGUAAAAAGUUUGGGUGUGAUAGAAUUGCUCUUUUGUUACUCUUUUGAAAAUUAUUUUGAAAGUUCCAUGAUAGAAUACAUAUGUAAAUAGGCCACUUGUUGGAACACUAUAUCAUAGGCUUCCACUUUUGGAAGCUCUAUCACUACUGGAUGGAAUGAAUAUGUAAAUAAAUAGGCCACAACUUAGGAACACUUUAACAAUCUUUUGAGUUCCAUUACAACUUGAAAUGAAUCAUGUUGCAACAUUAAAAAUUUUUGCAACCUUAAAUUAUUAUGAAGUAAAUUAUUAUAAUGUC